AGUUGAUUUGGUUGUUUUAGUGUGGCUGUACGGGCACGCAAUCCACUGUAUACGCUUUUAAAAAAUAAUAUCGAGACAAUGUGGAGGACUAAAUCAGUGAAUAUGAAGUUUGUUUAUUUGAUUAUUGUUGCUUGUGUGAUAUGGGGGGAUGCUGCAGAUGCUGCUGCAGGACCAGCAGCAGAAUUAUAUCCCAAUCAGACUAUCACAUCCGAAAAGAAGCUCAGCGAGACAUUACUGGAGGUACUUAACCACUAUAAGCAACCAGAUCCGUUGGGUAUCCCGGGAGCGCCCAUUCCAGACCCGAUGCCUCUACCAGACAUGACCAAAUCGUUUUCAGUUGGGAGGAUGUUUUUUAAAAAUAUGAAACUGCAUGGUUUGCAAAAGUUUAGAAUUCAGCACCUCAUGGUAGAUGUUACCAAAAUGAGACUGGAAGCGACUUUGUCUAUUGAUGUCUUGACUACCAAGGGGAAUUAUACACUACGGUCCUUCUUUUCUAAAGGUGCUGGGCCCUUUACGGUUAAACUUACUAAGGUAGUGGUAACAGCAAUAGCCAAAAUGGAGGUACAAGUCGACGGAACGUUAGAGGCCCAAGAUAUGGAUAUGGACUUAAAAAUUGCUAGUAUUGACAUGGAUUUCAAAGGAAUGGGAGUUUUGCAAGGCGUAGUGAACUCUGUUGGAACCUUCUUCUUCGACUCUAUGAAACCGUUCGUACUUCGUGAAGCAAACACAAACAUGAGAGCAGAUAUUAACAAAGAAAUUAAAAAAAUGGGAAAAACUUUCCCCAACUCGAUUUCUCCUUUUGACCAACUCGUGUUCGAGAUCAGACACAAAGUCAGAAGCUUGGGAUAUGAUCCUUUUUUAGCACCCGACUACAACACCACUGCGGGUAUAUUUGAGAUAACUCUUAGUAAUACCUGGGUCUCUGGUUUAGCAUCGUUCCAUAGAACCAAAGAUAUCAAAUUUGAGAUGAAAAACAGGUCUAUUAAUGCUUUGUUGGAGCUCGGUACUGGGAAACUGUUGGGUACUAGUAACUGGGAUAUUAAUGUAGUAGCAGGAAUUUUAUCUAAGGAUGGAUCAGUAGAAUUCUCUGUAGACUAUUUUAAGGUUCAUAUAAACAUCAGUCAGAACACGGAUACUUCAAUCCCACCAUCCUUGGAAGACAUUCAGUUAGAACUCGGAAACAUACAAAUUCGAUUCGACGGGUUAGGAACUGUGGAUUAUCUCAUUGAAUUCGGGGUCAAUGUUAUUCCAAACCUCUUGAGGUAUCAAAUAAUGGAUGCUGUGGAGAAACCCAUAAAGUUUAAAAUCCAGGAAGCCUUAAAUCAAAUUACAAUCGAGAAGCUGAUAAAGCAGAAUGCCGAACAGCUGGACACUGGGAAUUUCGAUAAUAUGAAAUUAAUUAUAUGAUACUUGUAACGAAAUAAAAAUUUAUUAAAGUUUGUUGGAUAAGUAUCUGAUUUAAAUUUUUAAAUUAUAAUAAUAAUUUAUUCGUAAAUAAAUUGUAUAAAGUUAUCCAUUUUUGAGUUUAGCUCUUUCUCUAAUAUUGUAAAAGAUGUUUACCAGUAAAAAUUCAGU